UUUUGAGAACCGUUGCCAAUAUGUUUCCAUAAACGAGCAUAGGUCCUCUUUGCUUAACAUUAAUUGCGGUGUUCCCCAAGGAAGCAUUCUAGGUCCCCUUUUAUUUCUUUUUUAUAUAAACGAUAUAGUUGCUAUUGACUCUGAUGUAGAUUUUAUUAUUUAUGCAGAUGAUACAAGUAUGAUCAUUUCUGAUUCAAAUAGUGAACGUCUUAUCAGCAAAACAAAUAAUGUCCUUUCAAAAUUAAAAACCUGGUGCAUAAACAAUUCCCUUCAUAUAAAUGCUAGCAAGAGCAAGGCUAUAAUAUUCCAACUACAUUCCAGAACUCAAGCAACCUCAUCCUCUCUUCUGAAAUAUGGCACUGAUAUUAUUCAAUAUGUUGAAAAUGUAAAAACUCUUGGUGUAUUUUUUUCUUAUAACAUGUCUUGGAACGACCAUAUUAGACACGUUCGCACUAAACUUUCUAGAAUAGUGGGUGUGUUAAAUAAAUAUAGAAACAUUUUACCCACAAGUGUCAAAAUUCAACUUUUUAAAUCACUAUUCUAUCCCAUCUUAUGCUACGCGCACCUAGUGUGGGGGUCUACCGGCACAACGAACUUAAACUUGCUUCGAAUAUUGCAAAAAAAAGCUCUACGAGCCAUAGCUAAUGUCUCUUCAACCUCUCCAUCCUUGCCACUGUUUGAGAAGUACUCCAUACUUGACGUUUCAAAAAUGUAUCCACAACGAUUAAUAUUAACAUUCCAGUCUGCCAUGAAAGGUAAAUAUGAUACUUUUCUCGCUAUUGCGGACCUUCAUUUGCACGAUUGCAUUCGUCAAACACUGUUCUGGAUUUUGCUCCGCUACUUCAUGAUUUUCUGGAGUCUCUUGUUCUUUUAUACCCAAAUGAUGUACUUGUUAUUUCUGAUGAUUUCAACUACCCUGAAAUUAAGUGGUCCCUUCUGUCUUAUAAAAUACAAUUUUUAUCGUGGCAAAACCUUUUAA